AUGUUCAGCGCGCACCCCAAAAGUAAACCGGAGGACCAUCCCGCCGCUGACCAUGCUUCCCUUGAUACCCCUUGUGCGGAAGGAAGGUUGGGAAAAACCAACUUCAUCCACUACCUAUCCCAACCUUCCCGGUCAACGAAGCUGUUCAAAAGAGGUGAAGUCAUUAACUCACGAAUCCACCACACCGCCAUUUUCGUUGGUUCCAAUGUCUUUAUGAUUGGUGGACAAAGUUCCUUGGAUAAUUCUACCGCUUCUUUACAAACAACCUUGCUUGUUAUGGACUCUUCAAUGUUGGUCGUAAAUGAACAAAAAUCGACAAAAGUUUCCGUGGCUGGUCACGGAGCUGUUCCAAUAAGUGACUCAAAAGCUCUGAUAUUGUUCGGCGAGAAGUCAAUAGCGCCCUUUAUGUUGGCGGAUCCUGUCCAACAAAUUGAUGUUCAAACGGGUGACAUAAGCAGUUUCAACAUCAAAGGUACGGCUCCCUCGGCUCGGUAUGCUCACACUGUCGCCCUAGUCGAUAAUAAGGUCUACAUAAUAGGCGGAACUAAUGCAACUAAUGUAUUUGGAGAUAUUUCAUAUAUAGACCUUUCGUCAAAUAGUUGGAACAUGAUUAACAUCCCUCGGCAAGCCAUUGCUGGACAUUCAACAGCUGUGGUUGGCAAAUACCUUGUAACAUGUUUUGGUUUUGACAAUAAGUUUCAACUUCAAAAUGGUUGUAAUGUUUUUGAUACCAUCAAUAAUGUUUAUGUUAAUUCCCGAAUCUCCGGAAACCCUCCUACACCACGCUCUUACUCAUCCAUGGUCACCAACGAUAACGGUGAUAAAGUAGUAUACAUAUUUGGUGGUCUCGAUAAAUCUUCUCGAGGGUUUAAUGACCUUUACACUCUGAAUGCAACGAAUUUACCAAAUUUGACCUGGUCACCUGUGUCCUUAAGUGCAAAAUCGAAUCAGGGUCUAAUACCGUCACCUCGAGGUGCUCACAGCGCAGUGAUGCGGUCUG